AUGGCGACACCUUCAUCACUGUCCGUCCAGGACGAACUAAAACCCGAUAUACUUCACACAGAGCCCUUGAGCAAUUCAGUGUCUGAUAGGCUCAAAGCUCCCGAACCCGAGAAAUUCAAGCCUGGCUGGCGCUUUCUGGCUGCCUUUGGCAGUCUCUGUAUCAUCACACUCAUGGCCGCACUGGAUGCCACUUCGAUAUCGGUGGCGCUACCAAUUAUGGCCAAAGCACUACACGGAUCUGCCAUUGAAGCUUUCUGGAGUGGAACUUCUUUCCUGUUAACAUCAACCGUCUUCCAGCCCGUUCUCGGAUCAUUCUCACAUAUCUUUGGGCGCAAAGCACUGAUCUACGUUAGUCUGGGAUUCUUCCUAGCUGGCUCAAUCAUCCCCGCCGUGGCCGACAACUUCACCGUCGUCUUGGUCGGUCGAUCAAUUCAGGGAAUUGGUGGUGGCGGUAUCAUUUGCUUGACAGAAAUGGUCGUAGUCGAUACUGUACCGCUCCGUGAGCGGGGAAAGUGGUUCAGCUUCUUCGGAGCUAUGUGGUCCAUCGGCACGGUGGCAGGACCUCUUCUCGGUGGUGGUUUUGCCCAAAACGUAUCAUGGCGCUGGAUAUUCUGGAUCAACUUGCCCUUCCUCGGCCUCGGAGCUGCUUUGGUGACAAUGUUUCUCAAGCUCAACCAGAAACAUGGCGCCUUCUUUGCGAAGCUCCGAGAGGUCGACUGGAUUGGUAUGGUGCUAUUCCUUGCCUCGACGACUGGUUUCCUCAUUCCCGUCACGUGGGGCGGAGUGCAGUAUGCCUGGGACUCGUGGCGUACUCUCGUGCCCCUGAUUGUCUGUGCCAUCGGUAUGAUCGUCUUCGUUGUGUAUAUUGAGUACUUCGCCGCCAACCCCCUCAUCCGCACCUCGGUAUUCAAGAACAUGUCCGCUGCCGUUCUUUACGUCUCGACAAUCAUUCACGGUAUCAUACUGUGGGCCAUCCUUUACUACAUGCCACUCUACUUCGAAGCUGUCAAAGGCUUCGGUCCGAUCCUUGCCGGAGUGGCCAUGUUUCCGUGGACAUUCACUGUGGCACCAGCUUCAGUCGCAACGGGCAUUGCAAUCGCAGUCACGGGACAAUAUCGAUGGGCAAACCGCGCUGGAUGGUUCCUCGCCACACUCGGCAUGGGCCUCCUCAUCAUUCUCAAGCCGAACACAUCUACAGUGUCUUGGAUCUUUCUCAAUCUGGUCGGCGGUGUUGGAACGGGCAUUUUGUUCCCUGCCAUGGCUCUGGCCGUACAGGCUUCAGCGACGGCCAAAGACCAGGCCUACGCCGCGAACAUGUUCUCCUUCUUCCGUGCCUUUGGGCAGACGCUUGGUGUUGCCAUUGGGGGCGUCAUCUUCCAGAACCAGAUGAAGAAGAAAAUGCUUACGUUCCCUCUACUUGCUGAUCUGGCGGCGGAAUAUUCUCGCGAUGCGGCUGGGCUAGUGGAGAUCAUCAAGGAGAUGCCUGAGGGAGAGAUGAGAGAGCAACUCAGGGAAAGUUACACGGACGCACUCAAGUACAUCUGGAUCGUCAUGUUGGCAUUUAGUGCAGUGGCCCUGCUCGGCAGUUGGUUCAUCAAGGCUUACGACAUGAAUGGUGCCAUGGACACGGAGAGGGGUUUCGUGGACAAGGACAAGGUUGGGGACGUUGAGAAAGAGCAGCCUGUGAUGUAA